CCCACAGCCCGCCCGCCCGCCCGCCGAGCAGCCGGGCUGGCGCGCUCGGUUUCUCCGCGAAAGCCGGCCGUGUACCUAGGAAUUAACCGACCGGCGCGGGAGGGGAGGGGAGAGGGAAGCAAAGCGGGGGGGAUGCUGAGCGCGCGCGAGAACAAUACUAAGAUCGUGUUUGCGGUCGCUGCCCGAGGAGGAAUUCGGAGGAGGCGCGAGGCCCGGCGCUCGCGCCGCGCCCGGAGCCGAGGGAGGCCAGUGGUGGCGGCGGCAUGAAGCUGGCGACGCGGCGCCUGUAAGCUGCGCACGGCGGCGGCGGGGACCUGAGCGCGGCCGGACGUUGACGAGCGCCGAUCGCCUGGGGGCUCCCCUCCCCCGCUGUCAGGCCAGGAUUCGCCGGGCCUGCAGCGCCCCCCGCCCACCCCUAGCCUCAGCCGCCGCCUCGCCGCUUCCCCUCGUCGGAGCGGCCGCUCGCCUGCCCGCCCGGCUUGAGGCCCUCGGGUAGCGCGGCGCAGCCCGUCGGCCCGCGAGGGGGAGGCGGUCUCACGGCAUCUUCGGCGGCAACCCAGGGCGAUCAGGAAGGGGAGCGGCCGAGAUGGCGCGUCCGCGGCCCCGCGAGUAUAAGGCGGGCGACCUGGUCUUCGCCAAGAUGAAGGGCUACCCGCACUGGCCGGCCCGGAUUGAUGAACUCCCAGAAGGAGCUGUAAAGCCUCCAGCAAACAAGUACCCUAUCUUCUUUUUUGGUACCCAUGAAACUGCAUUUCUAGGUCCCAAAGACCUUUUCCCAUAUAAGGAAUACAAAGACAAGUUUGGAAAGUCAAACAAACGGAAAGGAUUUAAUGAAGGAUUGUGGGAAAUCGAAAAUAACCCAGGCGUAAAGUUUACUGGAUACCAGGCAAUUCAACAGCAGAGUUCCUCAGAAACUGAGGGAGAAGGAGGAAAUACUGCAGAUGCAAGCAGUGAAGAAGAAGGCGAUAGAGUAGAAGAAGAUGGAAAAGGCAAAAGAAAGAAUGAAAAAGCUGGCUCAAAACGGAAAAAAUCGUACACUUCAAAGAAAUCCUCUAAACAGUCCCGAAAAUCUCCAGGCGAUGAAGAUGACAAGGACUGCAAAGACGAAGACAACAAAAGCAGCUCUGAGGGCGGAGAUGCCGGCACUGACACGAGAAACCCGAGCUCCGACUUGCAGAAAACCAGCGAAGGGACCUAACUUCCAUAAAGAACGCUGCAUAUUAAGAAAAACCACAAGAAAGUUACACAUUUGGUUGUCUAAUAAUCUUGGAUUUGAUAUGAACCAACACAUUAUCAUUGUCAUUGACAGACUCCAGUUUGUAUGUACAUUACUCACAUUCCUCCUAUUGUGUUUGGGGAAAACAAAGACAUUUUAGCCUUUUUUUAAGGUUCUUGAUUUAAUUUGAAAUGUUAUUUGGUUGCAUGAAGUUGCCCUUCCCCACGAAGGAUGAGGAGGAUUUGUGCACAGACUAGGACCCUUUUCUUCAGGCAGUUUAGUCUCACCUUCUCUAGCACCCUUCUCUUAAGGCAGUCUGUGCUCAUCCUUCUCCUGCCUUGACCCCACCAUCAUCAGGCAGCACCAUAGAAAUUAGCUGUUCUUAAGUCAUCACUCAUGUGCUUAAGGAUGGGAUUUCCUCUCUGGCAGAACCAACCCAGGAAUUAAUUCCUACAUCCAUAAUGUUGGUAUACUGAAGAUGAAAUUAAAAUUGUCCUUCAGUUCUAAGGCCAUGUAUGUGUAAAGUUUAACCAUAUUGUAAAAUAUCUAUUCCACAUUAGAAAUAGCUAGUUGAGAGCUUAUACUUCUCAAAACUCAUGUUGUUACGUACACAGACUCAGUUUCUAUAUGUGAAGUUAGUGAAAGUCUUUUUGUGUUACUUCAAAAUAAAGGCAGUGAUUUAUUUUUUUUUCCCCAAUGCCAGUACAAUUUGAGCUAAUAACUCAAGGUGGGGACUUUACAUUUUAACGCUGGAAUCAGCAGCAGCCCUAUGGAAAACUAGACAAAACAUUGACUUUUAAAUAUAAACUUUAAAAAGCAACUGUUAUUUUCUUUUGCAGCUAAUUAGAAUAGUUAAAAUUCAUCCCACAAACCAUGAUUAUGUGUAUAUUAUUGUUGCUAUUGUGAUAAUAGAGAAUUUUAUUUAUUUUUAUGCCAGCUUAUAUUGUGAGAACACAUUUAGUCAGUUUGGGUUUUAUCAAUCCUGUUAUGCUUGUCCUUGGAACAUCUUUUGCGUAUUCGAGGUUUGUAGUUGAAAGUUUACUGUAAAAAAAAAAAAAAAAAAAAUCAAAAUCAAAAAAAUGUAUUGUUUUUACAGAAUAAAUCUAUUGGAAUGUGUACUGGGAGUAAGAUUUGAGGUUGUAAGCAACUAAGUUAGUGUCAUUUGGCUUCAUAUAUGUAAUAAUGUGAGGUAUUAAUGUAAUUGAGACAUUAAAGCAAUGUUGUUAACAGCAAGUUGACAAUA